AUGUUUCAAGAAGAUGGAUCUUCCUCUGUAACUUCAUCAUCCCUGCAAAUGUUUCCCAUGAUGUCCGUUUCACCAGGAAUGAUGUCACCAUAUCCAUGGCUAAAGGAGCUAAAACCGGAAGAGAGAGGAUUAUAUUUAAUCCAUUUGUUAGUCACUUGUGCAAAUCAUGUGGCUACAGGCAGUUUUGAAAAUGCAAACAUAGCCCUCGAUCAAAUUUCCCACCUUGCAUCGCCCGAUGGCGAUACGAUGCAGCGAAUUGCUUCAUAUUUCUCCGAGGCUCUAGCAGAUAGGAUCCUUAGAAACUGGCCUGGUGUUUAUAAGGCCUUUCAUUCGACCAGAAUCUCAAUUUAUGCAGAACAGAUUCUUGUGAGGAAAAUGUUUUCUGAGUUCUUGCCAUUUAUGAAGGUGGCUUUUGUGAUCACUAACCAAGCCAUUGUGGAAGCCAUGGAAGGCGAAAAAAUGGUUCAUGUUAUCGAUUUGAAUGCAGCCGAACCUGCUCAAUGGUGUGCACUCAUUCAAGAUUUGAGUGCGCGGCCUGAAGGACCGCCCCAUUUGAGAAUAACAGGGAUUCAUCAAAAAAAGGAGGUGUUGGAACAAAUGGCGCGUGUAUUGACUGAAGAAGCUCAGAAAUUGGAUAUCCCGUUUCAGUUCAACCCCUUAGUUAGUAAACUGGAACAUCUUGAUUUUGAAAAACUGCGCAUCAAAACUGGAGAGGCUCUGGCAGUUAGUUCGAUUAUGCAGUUGCAUUCACUUUUGGCAUCGGAUUCUGAACUUAGGAACAAGUCUCUACUGAUGUCAAUGAAUGCAGCCGAUAUUCACUUGAAAAGGGUCAAUCAAAUGAACCAAAGUAGUUUACGUGAAUUGCUUGAGAAAGAUAUGGUUAAUAGUCGUAGUCCAAGUAAUGACUCGGCUUCUUCCUCACCAUUAUAUUCAACACCCUCGUCUAAUAUGGAUGGCUUUCUUAAUGCUUUAUGUGGUUUGUCGCCAAAGGUCAUGGUGGUUACAGAACAAGAUUCCGACCACAAUGGGUCGAGCCUAAUGGAGAGGAUAUCGGAAUCAUUGUACUUCUAUGCUGCAUUGUUUGACAGUUUGGAGUCUACUUUGCCUAGAACAUCUUUGGAGAGAUUGAGGAUGGAGAAGAUGUUAGGUGAGGAGAUUAAGAAUAUUAUUGCAUGUGAACGCAUGGAGAGGAAGGAAAGGCACGAAAAGCUUGAAAAAUGGGCACAAAGAUUUGAUAUCGCCGGUUUUACGAGUGUCCCUUUGAGCUAUUAUGCUAUGUUGCAAGCAAAGAAAUUGUUGCAAGGUUACAAUUGUGAUGGCUAUAAGAUCAAGGAAGAUAAUGGUUGUGUCAUAAUUUGUUGGCAAGAUCGACCCCUUUUUGCGGUAUCAACUUGGAGAUUUAGGAGGUGA